AUGUUCGUUACCGUCACAUUGUUGGUGACGGCCCUUACGUUCGUGUACGUGUAUCUCGCUUGGUACAGGAACUACUGGACUAAGCGGAACGUUCCGGGACCAUAUCCGCGACUAUUGCUCGGCAACUUUCCCAGCUUCAUACUGCGCAAUCGACCGUUCGUGGAAGACUUUCAAGAUAUAUACGACGAAUUUCGGUCAAAGGCCAAUGUGGCUGGAGUGUUCAACAGCCGGCAACCGGCGUUGCUGGUGAUGAAACCCGAGCUCAUCAAGGAUGUUCUCAUCAAGAACUUUAAGAACUUCCAGGACAACGAGUUUGCCGAUUCGAUCAGCAAGGAAAGUGAUCCCAUCUUUGGACGUAAUCCGUUCAUGCUUAAGGGCGAAGAGUGGAAAGAGAAGCGUGCCGAAGUUACACCGGCAUUCACUACGUCACGGAUGAAAGCUCUCUUCCCGUUCGUGGAGGACGUUUCGAACCGCAUGAAGCAGUACAUCACGCAGCACAACACCCAGGGACCGAUCGAGACGCGUGAACUGUGCGCCAAGUAUACGACCGAUGUCGUCUCUAGCUGCAUAUUCGCAGCCGAUGCUCAAUCGUUCACCAAGGAGAAGGCUGAAAUACGCGAAAUGGGCCGGAAGUUGCUGGAGCCAAACUUCCAAAUACUGCUCAUGUUUCUGCUGAUCGGUAUAGUGCCGGCGCUUAAAAAGCUCAUCAAGAUCUCGUUCGUGCCGAAAGACAUUGAGCAGUUCUUUACCAAUCUGAUGGAAAAUGCGGUAGCCUACCGGGAGAAGAACAACGAGAAGCGUGUCGACUAUCUCGAUCAUCUGAUAAGUUUGCGAUCGAAGAAGCAGCUCAGCACGCUCGAUAUGGCCGCCCAUGGUGUGACGUUCUUUAUCGAUGGUUUCGAAACGUCCAGCCUGGCGAUGUGCUUCACUUUGUACGAGUUGGCCAGAAAUCCGGACUGUCAAUCAACGCUACGAGCGGAACUGAUGAACGCACGCAACGAGGACGGUACGAUCGAUUACGAUUCCCUGCUUGAAUUGCCCUACCUCGAUCAGGUGUUGUACGAGGCCCUUCGCAUUUGGCCACCGGCUGCCUUCCUGUCGAAGGUUUGCACCAUCCCGACUGAGCUGGAAGUAUCCGAAGGUAAGACGGUACUCGUGGAACGCGGAAUACCGGUCAUGUUACCGGUUUGGGCUGUCCAUCGCGAUGCGGAAUACUUCGAGGAACCGAAACGCUUUAAUCCGGACCGUUUUGCACCGUCCAACGGUGGCACCAAGGUGUACCGUGAGAAGGGAUGCUUUCUACCGUUCGGGGAUGGACCGAGACAGUGUCUCGGUAUGCGUUUCGCAUUGAUGCAGGUCAAGCGGGGCCUGUUUGAGGUUAUCACCAAGUACGAAAUUUCGAUCAACUCCAAAACGAAGCAACCGCUCCAGCUGGACCCGAAAACGUUCAUCAUUUGUCCGGUGGGCGCCGGUGUGGCCUUCGUCGCACUGGUGUAUCUGUUCCUGACGUGGGAGUUUGGAUUUUGGGAAAAGUACAACGUCAAGGGACCGAAACCAAAACUGCUCUACGGCAACAUACCGUAUCUUUUAACCAAGAAGCGGCACUUCGUGUACAAUCAUGAUCAAAUUUACAAUGACUUCAAAAACGAACCAGUGGUUGGGUACUACAGUAUCAGAACGCCCCAGCUGAUGGUAAAAGAUCCGGAGCUAAUAAAAGAAGUCCUAAGCAAGGGCUUCAACAAUUUUGCUGCCAAUGAUUUCUCCGAUACCGUGGACGAAAAGUCUGACCCUCUAUUGGCGCGCAAUCCGUUCAGCUUAAGUGGUGAAAAAUGGAAAACACGGCGGGCCGAAAUUACGCCUGGUUUCACCAAUAACCGGAUUAAAGCGAUGGCACAUUUAAUGGACGAGGUGUGCGAGCGCAUGAUUCGACACGUGAACAAGCAGGCCGAAUCUAACAGUGGAAUAGCAUCGCUGGAUGCCAAAGAGCUCAUGGCAAAGUACACCACGGAUGUUGUUGCCAGCUGCAUCUUCGGCAUAGACGCGCAAUCAUUCACGAAGGAAAAUCCGGAAAUUCGCCUCAUGGGCAAAAGGAUCAUGAACUUUAACUUUGUCGUUCAGAUCGCAUUGCUCGUGACAACCUUCUGCCCGUCGGUGAAGCGUUUCUACAAGUUCACGUUCGUUCCGAAAGACGCAGAACAAUUUUUCAUCCGCAUCAUGCAAGACGCAAUCCGCUACCGCAAGGAGAACAAAAUUAAUCGAACCGACUUUCUAGACCAUCUGCUGCAGCUGCAGGAUCGCAAACAGGUGACGGACGUUGAUAUCGCUGGCCAUGGUGUGUCGUUCUUUGCCGAUGGGUUUGAAACGUCUAGCAUUGUGCUCACCUACUGUCUGUACGAUCUUGCCAAACAUUCGACCAUCCAACGGGAACUGCGCGAUGACAUCCGGAAGGCGAAGGAAAGUGGUGGUGGUAGCAUUUCGUACGAGCAACUAGCGGAAAUGCCUCUGCUCGAACAGAUUAUCUGCGAAACGAUGCGCAUACAUCCGCUGAUGUCCGUCAUGUCCAAACGGUGCACUGCCGAUACGACGCUGGUGGGACCGAAGGAUCGUAAAAUUUUCGUCAAAAAGGGAACCACAGUCGUGCUGCCGUACUAUUCGAUAUGUUUCGAUCCGGAACAUUAUCCAGACCCGCAAAAGUACGACCCGAAUCGUUUUUCACCGGAAAAUGGAGGUAGCAAGCUGUACCGUGAUCGAGGCGUUUACUUUCCCUUCGGUGAUGGGCCACGUAUGUGCUUGGGGAUGCGGUUUGCUUUAAUACAGGUAAAACGAGCGAUCGUAGAGAUUGUGGAGCUCUUUUCCCUCUCUGUCAGUAGCAAAACGAUCGAACCGUUUGAAAUGGAUCCGGAUAUGUUCAUGCUUAUGCCGAAAGGUGGUAUAUGGCUGGAUUUUAAACCUAUCGCAUAAGUUGAGACACUUUUCG